AUGCUUCCCGAUUCCUCGUUAGGUAUUAGCGGAUCCUUCGACUCUCAAGGUGGUGGGAAUGCAUUUCAUUCCCCAUCCACAGGUGGCUUGAACACCUUCAACACCCAAGGCAAUGUGAGGAACUCGAACGUGUUAUCCUUCACUGGAUCCUAUUCCGCGGCCCCAAUCGAUUCCCCAGCAUUUGGCGAUGCAUUUAAUUCACCAUCAAACCUUGGUGUUCAAAGGUUCAGCAGCCAAGGGGGCUUGAGGAACUCAACCUGCGAGUUUUUCCAUUUUAAGUUCCACUUGACGCCUGGCAUCUCUGACCAACUUCAUCAAAACCAGCUCUCAGUUCGCCCCACGAUGCCGCCACCAAACAGCGACCAUAACCGCCGCGAUCGACCAGAACUCCGCAUUCAAAACGAUCGGUCUCUCUCUCCAAAUCGCCGAGGCGCCUCCCGCUUGCCAGAACGUUCUCAUGAUCAUUCUCGCGAACCACUUGGGCACUCCCCAAAUCGAGAGAAUCAAGGUUCCAACGAAGGAUAUCGAUGGCCUGAUGAGGACCUUGACAAUGCUCCACAGCCGUUUGCUCAUGAUCUCUCCGAGCGUAACAUGGUUGUAUUCAACGCUUUGGCCAAUCAUUGCGGUUUGGAUGACACGCACCGACACUUCGCGUUGUCCCAUUCUGAGAUUUAUGGCGAGAACAAUAGGCACAUUGCAGGAGCAACGUUUCAUUCGAUGCUCCUGAUGGAAAUAUCCCGACUCAAUAGCAAGGUUGACUCGCUAGCCAACCAAAUUGCUACGGGGUCCACCAUCGCCCCUGCACCCGCGCCAACGCCAGCACCGGGAGCACAGGAAGGGCAGGAUGUAGUAACGUCAUCUGCUGCUGACGAUACGACGCACAAGAAGUGGAAGGCUAGCAGGAAGCUGGUGGGUUUGAUCAACCCCAUGGCCCUUAAAUUCCUAUGGUCUGCAGAGCUGGAGGCAUACACUGCGAUUAGCAACGAACGCGAAGGUUAUCACCCAAAGUCAUUGUUUAAUAUGAUCAAGAAAACACUCGCUGGGGAAACUGCGGCGUUUAAGGCCCAGCACCUCCCUCCCCAACGCAAAGGAGUCGAGCACGCAGCCGAUACGACAGCGUAUGCUUCAGCCCUCCGAGACGCCGGCAAACAAGGGCGAGAGAAGCUACACAACGUGCUUUUGGUAGGUAUACAUGACCCUAAAUCGAAGGAGAUUGUGGGCACGCCCGUUCCCUCAAUCAAAGACAUGGUCAAACGAGUGGCUAUCAGAUGUGGUGUAGCUGACACAUCGGCCGAGGAGGAAGCGGUGUGGAAAGCUACCAAUCAUGAGACUAGGGCACGAGUAGCCUACAUGCGUCGGGAAGCCGCGCGGGUGAUCUGCAAAGGCCACAAAGGAAAUGAAUCCGUUUGGGCCAAUAUUGAUCACCAGCUUUCAAUACUGCGAUCGAAGCGGGAUGAAAACUAUGCUGCCGCGUUUUAUGACCUUGUCUUUGAGGAGGAUAAACAGUAUUUCACCGGCAAGACCUGGUUCAAAACCAUCAAAGCCAAUCAGCUCGCUCAGAAUAAGGCCCUGGACUUGCCUUCCGAAGAGGCCAUCAUGGCACGUAUGGCGCUAGAGGACGCCCGGCGUGUGAGUGGUCCUGGAACCAGCAACGGCGGCAACCAAGGAACAACAAGUGCUUAA